GUGGACGCUCCCCUCAAAACACAUCGAAAGACCAGGCUCCUGUUCCAGCGCGGAAGACACUGUAUGAUACAGUCAUUAUUUUAAGUUACUUUCCCACUCCCCUUUUCCCUGUUUCACGAGCUAUUUACCACUACCACUGAGUUAACGUUUAGCUUCUACCAAAGGAAUUCCCUUAACGUGGGAAUUGGCUUUGGAAACUUUGGACACUCAAGCCGAGAGCAUCGUGUUGCUUUAGUACGUAACGGAUUCAGGGAGCAAGACGGCUCUCCGUCGUUCACUCUUUCAGUUGGACCAAAGAGAAUAUCUUUUCGAAAAUCACCAGAAAAAGGAUAAACUUCAUAUGAAGAACUUUUAUGGAAACUGGACUAGUAUUGUUAUUGAAGUAAUAGUAUAGGAUAUUAACAUUUUAUGAUUUCAACUUGCCCUGAUGCAGGUGCAGUGAGAUUUCAACGGACUACGAAUCAACUGCUAUGCAAUCUGAAACGGCAUUUCUCAAAGGAACCCAAAUUGGAUUAGGCGGUUUUCUUCAAUUCUAUUCCUAAAUAAAAAUUGAUUUACCUCCUUUCAUGACAGAUUGAAAGUCACGAUUGCCAGUGUUGGCUAGAAUAUAAUUUAAAAACUAAUACUCUGGCUAGGCUGUUGCCGUGAAGAAUAUGUUCCUAUUUUUAACCAAAAGAGAAUAGUCUAAAAGAGAAGCAUUUAAUUCAGUGGCCGCGUAAUUGCCUAUAUGGGUUUAUUAUUGUUGGAAUUUAUUCUCUUCAUUCAGUCAUAUCCGUGACCGUUCGUGCUUUCAAUUCAUCUGUUCCAUAUACCGUUCCUUUGGUAGGAACAGUUGGCUCUUACUAGACCGCUCUGUCUCGCUCAAGCGCACAGAGACCCGAAGAUUGCCGGCUUCUGCGACCCCACUGAGAGGACUGAACUCCGGGAGGACUUUUUCAGAAAACACCACGGACCAGCAUGUAUCCAGCCUGCCGGACACACGUUGCGCAUUUAGCCCAGCUGUGCACCAUGGUCGGUGACUCAACCGGACUGAGGUGGCGCGUCUCGUGGAUUUUAUUGUUUUCUCUGUUUAUCCACUACACAACAGCCCAAGAUGAUGUGCCGCCCUACUUUAAGACAGAGCCAGUGCGGAGCCAGCUGCACCUGGAGCGUAACCGGCUGGUCCUGACGUGUAUGGCGGAGGGUAGCUGGCCCCUGGAGUUCAAGUGGAUCCACAAUGGAACCGAGCUCACCCGCUUCUCCCUGGAGUACAGGUACCUGAUUCCCUCCUUGGACCGGUCCCACGCUGGCUUGUACAGAUGUAUCGUCAGGAACCGGGUGGGGGCCUUACUGCAGAGGAGGACUGAAGUACAGGUGGCAUUUAUGGGCAGUUUUGAGGAAGGCGAGCGCACCCAGUCCGUCUCUCAGGGGGAGGGGGCAGUGGUUCCUGCCCCGCGCAUCAGAAGCUUUCCCCAGCCUCAAGUCACAUGGUUCAGGGACGGACGCAAGAUACCACCCAGCAGCCGCAUAGCCAUUACCCUGGACAACACGCUGGUCAUCCUGUCCACGGUGGCCCCGGAUGCUGGACGCUACUAUGUGCAGGCUGUCAAUGACAAGAAUGGAGAGAACAAGACCAGCCAACCCAUCACCCUGUCGGUUGAAAAUGUGGGAGGUCCUGCCGAUCCCAUUGCCCCCACCAUCAUUAUCCCCCCCAGGAACACCAGCGUUGUUUCUGGCACGUCUGAAGUCACAAUGGAGUGUGUCGCCAAUGCCAGGCCGCUGAUCAAACUCAGCAUCACCUGGAGGAAGAACGGGGUUCUGGUCACCAGUGGUCUGAGUGACUUCAACCGCAGGUUGACCAUCAUCAGCCCUGUGGUUAGUGACUCCGGGUUCUAUGAGUGUGAGGCGGUCCUUCGUAGCAGCAGCGUGCCGUCUGUCAACUCUGGGGCCUUCCUACAUGUACAAGAGCCUCCGCAGUUUGUAAAGGAACCAGAGAAGCAUAUCACUGCUGAGAUGGAGAAAGUGGUGGAUAUCCCCUGCCAGGCAAGAGGUGUACCUCAGCCAGAUAUUGUGUGGUACAAGGAUGCGGUGCCCAUCAGCCCUGUAAAGACCCCCAGGUACAGGGUAUUAGUGGGGGGCAGUUUACAAGUCAACGGUCUUCUGCCUGACGACACAGGGAUGUUCCAGUGUUUCGCCCGUAACGUGGCUGGAGAGGUGCAGACCAACACUUAUCUGGCAGUCACCAGCAUUGCCCCUAACAUUACAGCUGGACCAUCCGACAGCACUGUGAUCGAUGGCAUGUCAGUCAUCCUCCACUGCGAAACAUCCGGAGCUCCAAGACCGGCCAUCACCUGGCAGAAAGGUGAGCGUGUCCUGGCCAGUGGUUCUGUUCAGCUGCCCAGGUUCACCCUUCUGGAGUCCGGAAGCCUGCUCAUCUCCCCCUCCCACAUCUCAGACGCCGGCACCUACACCUGCAUGGCCAGCAACUCCCGGGGCAUCGACGAGGCCGCCGCCGACCUGGUGGUGUGGGCCCGAACCCGUAUCAACGCCCCCCCCCAGGACCAGAGCGUUAUCAAAGGCACCAAGGCAACAAUGACCUGUGGAGUGACCCACGACCCCAGUGUCACUGUCAGGUAUGUCUGGGAGAAGGAGGGCGUGGUCAUCAACGCCCAGGCCAUCCCUCGCCUCCGCCUGGAUCCCGACGGUACCCUCCACAUCUCCCAGACGUGGUCCGGCGACAUCGGGACCUACACUUGCAGGGUCACCUCUGUAGGGGGCAACGACUCGCGCAGCGCCCACCUGAGAGUCAGGCAGCUGCCCCACGCUCCAGAGAACCCCGCGGCCCUGCUGAGUUCCUCCGAGAAGAGGGCCAUCAACCUGACCUGGGCCAAGCCCUUCGAUGGAAACAGCCCCCUGAUUCGCUACAUCCUGGAGGUGUCGGAGAACAACGCUCCCUGGGCCAUCCUCCUGGCCAACAUAGAGCCCGAGUCCAUGGCGGUGACGGUCAGUGGGCUCAUCCCGGCCCGUUCCUACCAGUUCCGCCUGUGUGCCGUCAACGACGUGGGAAAAGGCCAGUUCAGCAAGGAGACGGAACGGGUGUCCCUACCAGAGGAGCCUCCCAGUGCCCCCCCCCAGAACGUUAUCGCCAGUGGCCGGACCAACCAGUCCAUUAUGAUCCAGUGGCAGCCCCCACCGGAGAGUCACCAGAACGGGGUCCUCAGAGGCUACAGCGUCCGGUACCGAUUGACAGGUCUUCCCGUAGACUACCAGAGCAAAAACAUCUCCAAACCUGAUGUGACCAACCUUCUGCUGGAAGACCUCAUCAUCUGGACCAACUAUGAAAUUGAGGUGGCAGCUUACAACGGGGCGGGGCUAGGAACCUUCAGCCACAAAGUCACUGAGUGGACACUGCAGGGAGUACCUACCGUCGCCCCCGGUAACGUUCAGGCGGAGGCUGUGAACUCCACCACCAUUCGUAUCUCUUGGACCGCCCCCAAUCCUCAGUUCAUCAACGGGAUCAACCAGGGAUACAAGCUGUUAGCAUGGGAGCCAGGUCAGGAAGAAGAGGUCACCGUGGUUACGGUGAGACCUAACUUCCAGGACAGCGUGCAUCUGGGCUACGUGACGGGGCUGAAGAAGUUCACGGAGUACUACACCUCCGUGUUGUGUUUCACCACGCCUGGGGACGGACCCCGCAGCCCCCCGAAAGGCUUGAGGACACACGAAGACACACCCGGGGCAGUGGGUCACCUGAGCUUCACAGAGAUCUUGGACACGUCUCUUAAAGUUAGCUGGAGAGAACCUGGUGAAAAGAAUGGUGUCCUCACAGGGUAUCGUAUCUCAUGGGAGGAGUUUAACCGCACAAACACACGGGUGACCCACUACCUCCCCAAUGUGACUUUGGAGUACCGGGUCACCGGACUGACCGCACUCACCACAUAUACAAUCGAAGUGGCCGGCAUGACCUCAAAGGGUCAGGGACAGCUGUCCUCCUCCACCAUCUCAUCAGGAGUUCCUCCAGAGCUGCCUGGACCUCCAACCAACCUGGCCAUCUCCAACAUCGGUCCUCGAUCUGUAACUCUCCAGUUCAAACCCGGCUACGAUGGAAAGACCUCAAUUUCUCGCUGGCAGGUCGAGGCCCAGGUCAGUGUCAUAGGAGAUAGUGAGGACUGGGUGACAGUACACCAGUUGCCCAACGAGCCUGAUGCCCGCUCCCUGGAGGUGCCAGGCCUCAACCCAUACACCUUCUACAGGUUCCGGAUGCGUCAGGUCAACAUCGUGGGCACCAGUCCCCCCAGCCAGCCGUCCAGGAAGAUCCAGACCCUGCAGGCCCCUCCGGACAUGUCCCCCGCCAACGUCACCCUCCGCACGGCCAGCGAGACCAGCCUGUGGCUCCGAUGGGUGCCGCUUCCAGAGUGGGAGUACAACGGCAACCCGGAGCUGGUGGGAUACCGGGUCCAGUACUUCCGUACCGGCUCGCAGGGCAGGGGGCUGACUCAUGUGAUCGCCGACCGGCUGGAGAGGGAGUUCACCAUUGAGGAUCUGGAGGAGUGGACAGAGUACGAGGUCAAAGUUCAGGCCCUUAACGGCAUUGGCGCCGGGCCCUGGGGUCAACCCGUCAGAGGGCGGACCAGGGAGUCUGUUCCUUCAUGCGGGCCCAGCAACGUGUCUGCCUUUGCCACCACCUCCAGCAGUAUCCUGGUGCGCUGGUUCGAGGUACCACAACCAGACCGGAAUGGACUUAUUCUGGGCUACAAGGUGGUAUACAAAGAAAAAGACUCAGACUCACCCGUCCUGUUCUGGACAGUAGAGGGGAAUGCCAGCCACAGUGUCCAGUUGACUGGGCUGGGGAAAUACGUCCUCUAUGAGAUUCAGGUCCUGGCCUUCACGCGCAUUGGAGACGGCAUGCCCAGCUCCCCACCGAUACUGGAGAGGACCCUGGAUGACGUGCCUGGUCCUCCUGUGGGCAUCCUGUUCCCUGAGGUCCGGACCACUUCAGUACGCCUCAUCUGGCAGUCCCCAUCCCAGCCCAAUGGCAUCAUCCUGGCCUAUCAGAUCACAUACCGGCUGAACUCGACCAACAGCAACACAGCCACGGUGGACGUGCUGAACCCAAGCGCGCGUCAGUACACGGUGACCGGCCUGAAACAAGAGUCGGUGUACGUGUUCCGGAUCACAGCCCAAACACGCAAGGGCUGGGGCGAGGCCGCCGAGGCCCUGGUGGUGACCACGGAGAAGAGAGCUCGCCCCCAGCCCACCGGUCGUCCUGUUGUACCCCAGGAGGACGUCCAGGCCCGCAGUGUAUUACUGUCGUGGGAGCCAGGCAGUGAUGGCCUUUCUCCAGUCCGCUACUACACCGUCCAGCUGAGAGAAUUGCCUGACAGUAACUGGACCGUCCACUCUUCCUCGGUCAACCACGAGGCCAGCUCCUACAUAGUCGGAAGGCUGAAACCCUUCACCUCCUACCAGUUCAGAGUGAAAGCCACCAACGACAUAGGGGACAGUGAAUACAGCGAGGAGAGUGAGGCCAUCACCACACUACAAGAUGCCCCUGACGAAGCGCCAACAAUCCUCUCUGUCACACCACACACCACUACAUCCGUGCUGAUUCGCUGGCAGCCUCCGUCUGAGGAGAAGAUUAACGGGAUUCUCUUGGGCUUCCGGAUACGGUACCGGGAACUCCUUUACGACCGCCUCCGCAGCUUCUCAGUGCGCGCUGUCAACAGCCCUACGGCCACCUGGGCCGAGCUCACCUCCCCCUACAACGUGCGAAACCUGAGCGAGUCCUCUCUCACCCAGUACGAACUGGAUAACCUGAGCAAACACAAGCGUUAUGAGAUCAGAAUGAGUGUGUAUAAUGCUGUGGGCGAAGGACCAACCAGCACGCCCCAGGAAGUGUUCGUAGGAGAGGCAGUACCCACUGCCCCGCCCCAAAACGUGGCCAUCCAAUCAGCAACAGCCACCCAGCUGGACGUGACAUGGGAGCCUCCCCCAUUGGACACUCAGAACGGAGACAUCCAGGGCUAUAAGGUGUAUUUCUGGGAGUUCCAGCGUAAAAACGAGACUGAGAGGCUGCGAACCCUGUUCCUGCCUGAGGGGGGGGUGAAGCUGAAGAACCUGACUGGAUACACGACCUACAUGAUCAGUGUGGCCCCCUUCAAUGCAGCUGGGGACGGGCCUCGUAGCCCCCCCACCAGGGGUCGCACACAGCAGGCCGCCCCCAGUGCACCCAGUUUCAUCCACUUCAGUGAGCUGACCACCACAUCGGUCAACGUAUCCUGGGGAGAGCCCACCUACCCCAACGGAAUCCUGGAAGGCUACCGGCUGGUUUACGAGCCUUGUACCCCCGUGGGAGAGUCUUCCGUGGCCUGUGCCGACUGUCUUCACUCCCCCUCCCCCCCAGGAGUCAGCAAAUCAGUGGCGAUGGAUGUUAAAGGGGCCCAGCUCUGGAUGAAGAUCAAGGAUCUGGCUGACGGGGUCACCUACAACUUCCGCAUCCGAGCCAAGACGUUCACCUACGGGCCUGAGGUGGAGGCUAACAUAACCAUGGGGCCUGGAGAAGGAGCCCCAGGGCCACCCGGUGAGCCUUUCAUCUCUCGCUACGGCUCGGCUCUGACCAUCCACUGGACCAACGGUGACCCCGGAAGAUCCCCGAUCACACGUUAUGUCAUCGAAGCCCGUCCCUCAGAUGAGGGCUUGUGGGAUAUCUUGAUCAAGGACAUCCCAAAGGAAGUGACGUCAUACACCUUCAACAUGGAUAUUCUGAAGCAAGGCGUUAGUUAUGACUUUCGGGUCAUUGGAGUGAACGACUAUGGCUACGGAUCUCCUAGUCCGGCCUCUGCCUCCAUAUCUGCUAAAAAAGUGGCGCCGUUCUAUGAGGAGUGGUGGUUCCUGGUGGUGGUGGCCCUUGUAGGUCUGAUCUUUAUCCUUCUACUGGUCUUCAUCCUUAUCAUCCGGGGCCAGAGCAAGAAGUACGCCAAGAAGUCUGACUCAGGGAACAACUCUAACUGUAACGCCCUGACUCACGGGGACAUGAUCAGCCUGGAUGAAGGACGAUUUCCUGCCCUGGAACUCAACAAUCGCCGGCUGUCCGUCAAGAACUCCUUCUGCCGUAAGAACGGCGUCUACACUAGAUCUCCUCCUCGACCCAGCCCUGGCAGUCUCCACUACUCUGAUGAGGAUUUGAGCACCACAAAGUACAAUGAUCUAAUCCCCGCUGAGAGCAGCAGCCUUACAGAAAAACCAUCAGAGAAAUCUGACUCCCAGGUACCACCAGAGGCCCUCGUGUUCUCGUAUGGGACGGGUGGCCUACGUGUACUUCCACAGAAUUGGGGCAGUGACAGUGAGUAUGAGGUGGACCAGAACAGGCAGAAGACCCACUCCUUUGUGAGCCACUACAUCAGUGAUCCAACCUACUACAACUCCUGGCGUCGUCAACAGAAGGGCAUCUCCCGGGCUCAAGCCUACAGCUACACCGAGUCAGAGUCGGGCGAAGCAGAGCCCUGCGCCCCGCCACCACCACUGCCCCCACUGCCACCCCAACUCACCUCCACCAGCCCUCCACCUCAGCUCCAGACCCAGACCCAGGGUCAACACCCAGGUCUCCCCCCUCAAGGCCAAGGUAGUCUCUUCAGGCCUAAAGGCAGCCGGACUCCCACCCCCUCUCAGCAACUCUCCAACUCCACUCCCUCGAGCCACUCCAACACCCUCUCCUACUGGCCCCCCAGCAGUCCCAGCCCAGCCACUGGAUCUCGGGCCCCCAUUGCUGGAUUCUCCUCCUUUGUUUGAUGCUAAGAGGAACUUGAGUUCCCUUCUGAAAACCAAACACACCUUACCGGCCAACAUGUGUUGGUUUCUAGAGAGUAGAUAACAACACAAAAAAACACAACAAACAAACCCUAAAAUUCAGCAUUUUUUAUUUUAUUUUCUGUCAUGGGUGGUGUUAUUCUAGAUUUUCUCCUGCUUUUUUAUUGAGUUACGUUUUAAGGAUCACAACUGAAGUUUUAUACUUUUUUUCAGUACAUUUAUCCUCUUGUGUGCGUGGGCUGGUAUUAUUUUAUUUUAAAUUCUUUAACUGAGAGACAGCUACUGAGAACAUUAUAGUAUCUAUUUGCUUCUCUUUUUGUGUUGCUGGUUGAUAGAGUUGCAUGAGGUUUUUUUUCUUUAUUUUUCUUUUUCAUUGUUAAGCUUUUACACACAUCCAAUAAAGAAAAUAAUCUAGUAAGAUUCUGUAAAAAAAAAAAAAAAAAAAGAAAGAAAUAUAGAAGAACAUCCUGACAAAUAUAAACCUGUCAUGGCUUUGAUCCAUACUUGGAUAACACAUACCCAUGGAACUGGAAUCCGAAAAUGGAGCUACAUGAGCGAGGCGGAGGACUAGAUUUGGAUGGACUGAGAGAAGAACCGGCAUGGAAAAGACAAAGUGAUGAAAGUGAAAAACAUGCGGGAGGGGGCAAUCGAGGCCAAAAGCAUCCCUUUGCUAUUCUGGCCAUGAAAAUGCCUGAGCCUGUCCAACAUAGCCAAAAUAAACUGUGUCUUCAAGUGAGACAUUUUAUUGACCUUAGACCUACAGUGUAAGACUUAUGGACCAUGGAAUUCAUUGGAAUAAGCUCUGUGGCAUGGAAUAGCCUAUAGCACAAUUGAGUCUGACAGCCCUGUGAUAGGUCACAGGUCACAGCUCUGUGCUGUACGUGUAGGAACACCAAAGGUCUGGUCGGCCACGCGUCUGCACCACCGGGCAGGGAUGGGAAAUGAAAUGUACUGUAUGUCUGAAGUGAAAAUGUUGAGGUUGGACUGCGGGUUGUCAAUUUGAGUGUCCUUCAGUGGAUUAGACAUGCCCUGGUGGAUUACAACUAGGGAUUCAUAUGUCAUUCCAGGAUUCCUGCUCAAACUGGGAAUGCUGUUUUAUAUCAGGAACAAUACAAAUCUGGCUUAAUUAGAGCAAUGUUAAUUGAGAAAUAUACAAUGGAAUCUAAUGUUUUCCAGUUGUAUUUGUUGCAAUUGAAUCAAGUCAAAACUAAGUCACAACAAUAUUUUGUUGAUGUUUUUUACUAUAGUGUGUUUGGACUAUAAAGAAAAGCACGUUGGUUUUAUCUUACCAUUACCUGGAAGACAUCAGCAAGCUACUUGUUCUUCUGCACCUGGCUAUCAACUGUAGGAAGGUUGUGGGGUUUUUGUGUGUUUUUUUACUUCACGCUAACCUGUUUAUCAUAUUGACUCGGUCCCAGGGAACAUAUUCGAUUGCUGCGUUGCACAGAAAAACGUCAGCAUAUGGCCAGAGCAGCGAAGACUCAUGACCACGGAUGUCGCUGCGGUUGAUCAAUUCCUCGCAGAUCCGACUUUCAAGUCGAGCCCGUACUCUUGCUUCUGUUAGUGUAAACGUUGAACAACGUUGCAAAUGUCGAUUUCGCCUUGAGCGAGCGCUUUUGAGGACAAUGUGUCUGCCGUUUUGUGAGUAGCAGUUUAUAUUUUGGAGCCGUGCCACACAGCUACAGUUUGGAUAUUUGUAAAUGUGAGAUGCAGAUUAUCUACCAUAUUGACAUGUUGCGUUGCCUGUAACCUGCUACAGUUUAAAGAGAGUCAACAUUGCCGGUAAAAGGCUAUUGGGGACUUGUGUUGAGUAGCUUAAAAUAGGUAGGCUGCUAGCAUUGUGAUCACUGGUCUAACGUGUGAAUGGAUACUUAAAAUCCAUUACAUGCAAAUAUUCGCAUGUGCAUAUUUUGUAUUUUUCCAUACAAAUUAUAUUCUAUUGUUCCCCGAUCCCGUCUUUUUUUUUUUAUUUUGAGUAUCGGGAAAGAGUUUGGUCAGGCAAAACAGAUCCCGGUGAUGACCCCUAAUUUUAAUAACUAUUUGUUAUCUGACAUAACUGAAGAAGACUUACCCCCUGAGUCUCAAAUGGAACACUUUCCCCCUGUGUACUAUUUCUGGCCAGUACACUAUGGGCCCUUGUUCAAAGUAAUGCACUGAAUAGGGAAUAAGGUACCAUUUGGGCCAGACCAGGUAACUGCAAUCACAUGGCCUCGUCAGCUACAAUGAGCCUUCUUUGAAUCUGAUAAGGGCUGGGUCGGAAGACCUCCAACAACCCUACCGCUAUUUGAUGACCUACUCCCAGUCACAAUUCCCACCGACCCAGCGCCGACAGGCCCAGUGGCCCACAACAAUACAUCACACAGGGGCUUGGGCACGCCUCCACAACCACGACGAGGCGGCAUUUCAAUGUUAUUUUUGUUCAGUGUUCCCGCUCCCAGAUGCAGGUCCACAGAGAGGAGCAGGUUCAGAAAUUCGGGACAAGUUGAAUAACAGAAAUACCAUAGUUUUCAAACCUGGAGUAGACUUGGACCGAUGUGUUAGGUAGCUGAGUUGGUCGUUGCUCCAACCUUCUGAACGUGACUCACCACAAUGUUUUCAUUUUUUUUUUAAAUCAAAAACAACGUGAUAUCGAAGGAGUGCCUUUGAUUUGACGCGCACGAGUUUUGCUAGCUAAUGUCACUGUAACAUCGACUGCGAGCGUGAUCUGACAUUUCUGUAGUGGAAAGAGCGCAUCGUCCCAGGUGGUCGUCUGGCUCAGGGACCGACUCUGUAAGGGGCACUGUCAUGGAGCUGCCGCAGAGAGAUCGCUACGGGAUAGAUAAACCUCUCAUGACGCGCAAGGUCGAUGAUGACGACGUGAAAGGCUCAAUGCAAGUGUGACUGACUGUAAGGUCUAAAUCUAAAUAUGAGACUAUUGUCAGUGCUACUGUGUGACAAUUAAUGAUAGCACUUCUUCAACAUGAGCUUUAUACAAAGCAUCUACUGUUUGUGGAUACAAAAGUUGUUUGUAUAGUUUGCCCAGGAGAGGAAGAGGGAAGGUAGGUAGAUAAGCCCGUCUGGUGCCUGCCAUUCAAGCCCCGCUGAACGGAUACAUUCAGUACAGACUCAGUGUUGGUAUAGUCAAAAUUGUAUCAUCAUUUCCUAAAUAUCAUCUGCUUUUUUCUCUGUGUGGUGAUUUCACUGUACGCAAAAAAAGAGCCUAUAAUUAUACUGAACCUGAAUGGAUAUAUGAUCACGGUACAUUUCCAAAAUAAAUUAUUUUUCAAUGGGA